UUGGAGCCAUUCGCUUCUUGAGAGGGCCAAAAGCUGUCGGGGGAGUUGAGGUCGCAUUGCUACAGUUAUGUUUUAGUAAGACCCGUACACGCACGCAAUCACGGCAGAAAACCAACACAAUGGCCGCCCUACGGAGUCGCCACAAUGGAAGCCUCGAAGUGGAAAAGGAAACUCACAGCAGCAACCACAACAAUAACAAGCCGGAAGAGGAAUCAUCAAAGAAGGGAAACGCGGACAGGAGUGACCCCAUGAUAUACAUCAUUUUCGUAUCGUUACUCUUCGAUUUGCUGGCCUUCACCAUUAUUCUGCCACUGCUGCCCUCGCUAUUGGAGUAUUAUCGUCAGAAUGAUAGUUCCGGGCUCUAUGAAGUGCUCACGGAUCAGGUGCGUUGGUUCCAACAGCUCCUGGGCGCCCCGGAGCGCUACAUAUCGGUGCUAUUCGGAGGCUUCCUUGGCUCCAUGUUCAGCUUCCUGCAGUUCGUGGCCAGUCCGAUUGUCGGAGGACUCUCGGAUUACUACGGCCGGAAGCCUGUCCUGCUGGUCUGUGCGUCUGGAAUUGCGCUAUCCUAUCUGAUCUGGGCCUGCUCCAGCAACUUUGCCCUGUUCGUUUUGGCCCGCUUUGUGGGCGGCAUCAGCAAGGGCAACAUAUCGCUGUGCAUGUCCGUGAUCACGGAUGUGUCCAGUGUCAAGACCCGGGGACGGGGCAUGGCUUUCGUGGGCGUGGCCUUCUCGGUGGGCUUCAUUGUGGGACCCAUGAUUGGAGCCCUAUUUGCCAUAUUCUCGGAUAAAAGUGGCGGCGCCUGGUUUGUGCUUCCCUCUCUGCUGGCUUUUGGCCUGGCAAUCGGAGAUCUUCUGGUUCUGACUUGCUGCCUGCGUGAAACCUUGCCCAAGGAGAAACGUGUGAAGGAGAUCUCAUCUGCACUGUCAUACGGCCUGCAAUUGCUCAACUUCUCGGCCAUAUUUAGAUUUGCUGCCAUCAAAAAUGUUCCCAAGAAAGAUAUUGAGGCUCUGCGAUCCGUAGGCCUGAUAUACUUCUUGUACCUCUUUCUGUACUCCGGCUUGGAGUUCACCGUAACAUUUCUGAUGUACCACAAAUUUGGCUACACUUCCAUGGACCAGGCCAAGAUGUUUUUAACAACAGGUGUUAUUAUGACAUUGCUGCAGGGAUCGGUUGUUCGCCGCUUGCCCGAGGCGAAGAUCAAAAGCUAUGCCAUCUUUAGUCUCUACCUGAUUGUACCUGCCUUUGUAUUAGUCGGUCUGGCCGAUGGCAGUGGAAUGCUCUACGCCGGCAUGACCCUAUUCGCAAUCUCCACCGCCUUCGCAGUCACCUGUCUGACCACGCUGGUAUCCAAGUACGGAAACGAUGACCAGAAGGGUUCAGUACUGGGUAUAUUCCGCUCCCUGGGAGCUCUGGCUCGUGCUCUGGGUCCCGUGGUGGGCUGCAUUGCUUUCUGGUGCGUGGGCUCAAGGAUCACCUAUAUUGCCGGAGGACUCCUGCUCAUUUAUCCAGCCUACGCCUUGCAACGCGCUCGCAUUUAAGUGCAAUAAGAACAAAGUUUAUUAAUCACUCUAGAGAUCAACGCAAGUAUUAGCUGCACAUUAUACUUAAUUUAUUGUUUUUAUACAACAAGUAUUUUAUAUUAAAAUAAACACUUUUAUACUCUGUUUUAUAAA